AUGCAAGACUAUAGUGAAUUUAUUACUAAUAGAGGGAUUAUUUCAGAUAAUGAUAUGGGUACUUCAUCUGAUGAUUAUAUGGAAGUAAACGAGGAAGAGGAAAUUGAAAUUGACCAUUCUAAUUUGAGCAACGAAUGGAUUGAGAAAAUAAAACAAAUUGGUAAUUCAUUAUCUUGUGUACGUGAAUUUAUGGAUGUUGAUCUGCCAGAAGAAAUCAAAGAUGAAGAUUCAUUUGGAGAUGCAUUUCUUUUUGCAGAGUCAAUGCCAUUAAAGAAAAAGCACAAGAUUCAUCUAGCUAAAAAUCGAGGUUCUUACAGGAAAUAUACUGUUGAGCAAAUUGAAAAGCUCUUUGAUUUAAUCAUUGAAGAAGGCUUCGCUACCAAAGAUGCAGCUUUAGUCACUGGGAUUAAUAUUCGUACUGCCCAGGAUUAUGUAAAAACGUAUAAUAAUGAUUCGCAGAAACGACUUCCAGGGACUUAUAAUAAACCUUGUGGAAGAUCUUGUUCAAAGCUAACUAAGGAGCAUUCUAAAUUUUUUGUUGACUAUGUCAAAAAGAAUACUACUGCUGUAUUAGAUGAGUUAAAGUUAAAACUCUGCGAGAAAUUUGAGGGUUUGAAAAACUCUAUUUCUGUCAUUUACAAACACUUGCAGCGAGAAAUUUCGACAGAGUAA